AAGACUUAGUGUUGCAUAAUGUAGUUUAAUAUGAUUUUUGACCUUAAAUUGUGAUGUGUCGAACUCCGGGUACGCUUAUAAGCAGGUUGUGUUCCAAGUGAGACGUAAUGAUAUACCUCGGCGGAACGAACGGCUUCGUCAAACGAUCAAAACAGUUCCAAGACCCGAGUAGCGUUGUUUGGUUUUGUUCUCCACAUCUGAAUUCUGGGAAUUUGAAUUGGAACUAUUUCAAAACUAUUCUCAAAUCCGUUUACAAAUUUCGACCACCGCCAUGUCCAGGUGCUGCUCCAUUCCCGGAUGCCGCUCCCAGUUCCGGAACACCACUCUGUUCAGCAUCAGCAAAUACUCUAGCCUGGCCCAAUGGUGGACCACAACAUCUUGGUACGACGAAGUGGUGGAAGCUUCCGAUCCGCGGCGGGACCAUUCGAUUUGCAUCCUGCACUUCCGCGACGAUCAGCUGGACAAAAGCCAAACCGAGAUGCGGUUGCUGAACAACGUUGUGCCAUCUAUUAAUCUGCCCGGAUCAUUCACGAUAUCUGCGGUUCAUGAGAAUUACAAACUGCACCUGCCACAAUCGGCAGACAGUGGCCAUUUAGUUCUCAUUUACUGUCGCUUCUGUGGUAAGAAGCAGAAAACCCCACUCAAGAAUCACCUGGAAGAUUUGAUCGAAUCGGAAGAUUUGCUGCAACUAUGUCUUGGACGUGGUCGCUUCCUGGAAGGUUUCCCCAGUGGAGUCUGUGAUCCAUGCCACCAGACUCUGAAAAUGACCACCAUUUUCAUCAAGAACUGCGAACAAGCUCAGGAAAAGCUGCAGAAGAUAUUCUUCGGAACCUCACAGCAGAUCGAGGAUUCGUUGGACAACGAAGAGGAAUCCGAUGAGGCAGAUUACACGUUUGAAAUGCCGGAAGCCAUUGUCUCUUUGAAGGAGGAAAUACAAUCUCCCGAACCGGAUGAGCUCGAAGAUGGAGGCAUGGAGUUCCACGAAAUGAAACGCGAGGAUCCGCUGGAUGAGCUUGGCGUGUUCAGCAAGCCAAAGAAACCUUCCAAACGGGAACUGAAACCGAACGACGAGCAGGGGGACAUCCGGUGCACCGUUUGUGGCCGAACCUUCAACCGCAAGGUGGCCCUCCAUGCCCACAUGGAGUCGGUCCACGAGGGAAGAACGUUUGCCUGUCCGAUUUGUGGAAAGGUGAUGGGCUGGCGAAAAACUCUGCAGCGGCACAUGAAAAGCCACCAGGAGAACUUCCAGAAGCACAAGUGCGAAUUGUGCGACAAGUCGUUCAGCCGGCCCAGUCAUCUACGGUUGCACAUGAUGAAGCACACCGGACAGAAGGUGCGCUGCGCGUUGUGCCAGAAUGGGUAUCGCGACAACUACAAGCUAGGGGGAACAUUUGUACAAAGCCCACAACAUGGACCAGGAAGCGGCCAAGACUUACAUUCAACAGGCGGAAAUUUGGUAACGUGAACCGUAAUUUAGCUUGAACUCGUAAUCAGCAUUGCAGUAUUCCAAAUCCACUUUAAUUGUGUUGAGUGAAACCGGCGUGGCAUACACUUGUAGAAUUUAAGAUGCGAAACAUUAAGACUUAGAGUAUUCAUACUACCAAACCGAUAAUGGACGUAUUGUAUUCAAUGAAA